UCUGAACAUUUUCUUAAUCCCGAUCAAAUAUUUGAAGUAAUGGUUGAGAAGUAACGCAAAUUACCAAUGCCGCAGUAUGUUUUAAUCAAAUGCUAUCGGGAAGUUUAAAUUGAACUACCCUAUUACAUCUCUCGCCAUUUUUAAUCUAUACCUUAACCAAACUGACACUUCGCGACAGGAAACGAAGUGUUGAAAACAUCUUCACAUUUUAAUCCGAUUUUCAUUGAAUGAAAAAACUACGAUUGACUCACGAUUCGGAGGAUUUCUAUUUUAUUCAAUGAAUACUGAAGGCGGGUUUACAUGAAGAUACUUGGGAUUCCCCAUUAGAAGAUUCAUGAGGAUUUCAAAUCGACAUUCCAGAAUGUAAAUUUCGUGACUUGUCGGAGCCAUGUUUACUUUUAUAAAUCCUGUAGAACACUACAUCAGAGAAAUUCGAGUUCCCUGCAGACUCGAACCGAACGACCGUACACCUACAAAUCUCCCGUUUGUGUUCGAUUCUCGAUCAAGUUCUCGAGUUCAGUCUCCGUACUCACCGAGAGCAAUAUCAGAGCCACCACCAAUAUAUCCUUCCGCCAAACAGAUCCUUCCGCCUGUGAAGCGACAGCUCCAUCGUGAGAUUCUGUACUACUUUGGAUGCAAUGAAGAGUUCUCCAAGAACAGAGACGCUGUAAAAUAUUACAAAGAUUUACACUCUCUAGGGAUAGCUGUGAAUUUAGAAAAUGAAGCCUCUCGCCAGCUCUACAAGUCUUCCACGAACUGUCCUCGCCAUCGAAUACUACUGAGACGUCGCGAGAUUGAUAGAACGGUGAAAUAAACCAAAGAUAUGCGUUUACAAAUGUGUCUAGAUUUAUCAUACUAUUAAUUGACUUCCCUGCUGUGUAUUUUAUAUGCAUGUAUGAUCAAUUAUCAUUGUGUAUUUAACUUCCA